CAGGACCACUUGCUGCUAAGGCGCGAGCUCUGAUAUGACCGACGUAGAGACAAACCAGCUUCCAGCACCCGAGGGUGCUGACCCAAUGCUUGACGAUGGAGAAGAAGCUGAGUCUAAAGAAAUUCAACUCAUGAAGCAGCGGGUGGAGGAGAUGGAGAGGGAGGCGAAAAAACUACGUGAGCUACAGGCUGCGGCUGAGACUGCAAAUGGUGGAACCAGUACAGAAAGCGAUUCUGGCGUGCCAAUGGAGACGGAGGAGGAAAAAGCUCUGUCAGACAGUCGGAGCGUGUUCGUCGGUAAUGUGGAUUAUGGUGCGACACCUGAAGAAAUUCAAGCGCAUUUCCAAGCCUGUGGAACGAUCAACCGAGUUACCAUACUAUGUGACAAAUUUACUGGACACCCCAAAGGAUACGCAUAUGUCGAAUUUGCAGAGCCAGAUUUCAUUGAUGCAGCAUUAGCCAUGGACAAUUCCUUAUUCCGUGGUCGACUUAUUAAGACUAGUAGUACGCCGCGCAGGAUGUCAUUGAGCAUGUUCAAAAUAUGUCGGGCGUUCAGCAGACCAAUGUCAACGGCGCCGAGCUCGUAUCCAUUCUCUAAAGUAGCCAUAGUGCCUCCCCCACCUGCCAUUCCCAACCAAGAGGCACUUAUCAAAGGCAAAGGUCUCAUGCCAUACUUGCACCAGACUUUACCGCAUCCUACGAAACAAAAAUGGCUAGCCACGCUUUUUGCACGCAGACACCCAGAGCGCCUUCUUCCCGGGUCAGUGCUCACCGUCACCCUCGAACACGCGCCCACCAGCUUUUCCGGCGUCCUCCUCUCCAUGCGCCGCCGCGGCCCAGACACCUCCUUCGUCCUCCGCAACGUCAUCCAGCGGACGGGGGUGGAGAUGCAGUUCUUCGUCAACUCUCCCCACCUGAAGGAUAUCAAAAUCGUGCAGAGGGCGGGCGGCGGAGGGGGGAAGGAGGGCAGACGGCAGCGAAGAGCGAAAUUGUUCUUCUUGCGCGAUUCUCCAGAGAAGAUGUCGGCGAUUUCUGCGGGUGUGAAGGCAUAGGUUUUUUUUGCUUUGGGAGGGGGGGUAGAUUGAGGAAACCGGUGCUCUUCGAAAGCCGUUGAUCUCGUACACCUCUUCGACCUUGCAGCAGCAGCAACAGCAAGCCAAGCGAAACCCACCCCAUCGUCCUACUGAGCCCGUUAUGGGCCAUCAUUUCAUGCAAGGAAGGUAGUGAUACAAUUGCAAAAAAAACCUGCACCUGGCUUUCUUUUUACACCACACAUAUUCAAUAAUUACUGUAAUUUGGUCAACCAAGCAAUGCGAGAUUGAAUUCCUCAUAAA